AUGUCGACCUCAACCCCCAGUCGGUUACCAUCGACGUCUUCUCCAGUUCACCAACGGACAGCGACCAACUCCUCGGCCUCAUCUUUUCCCCCAUCUACCCCCAGCGGAUCUUCUGGUCCAGCCGCUGCCAUCACCCUCGAAGGACUCCUCACCGCUCAUGCCGCCGACCAAGACCCCAAAUUAGCCGCCCUUGAACACGCCGUAUCGGAGAGGAAUACCCUUAGCUCUCAGAAUGCGCAACUCUGGAAGCUCAUCGAAAAACAACGGACGGGUUAUAACCAGAUUCUGAAAGAAUUGGAGCGUGUGCGUUCUGAAAGAGACGGUUAUAAGGCAAAGCUCGGUGCAAUCGUUGGUGUCCAAUCCCGUUCACGUAAGGAGACCUUGAAUGGAGAGAAGGAGAAGGAAAUCAAGGAAACAGACGACUCUCACCCCCCCCCUCCACAGCGACAGUCUCCCGUUGUACCUACCCCGCAACCCCCCAACAACGCGUCUCGCCAUAUUCCCAGCUCUUCUACGUCGACCAUAACUCCAUCGGUCCAGCCACCACCUGCUGCUCCGAUUGUCACCCCUCCUACUGAUUUGCCUAUCCAGACAUUAUCUCCUCAGCAGACACCCAACAACUCUAUGUUGGCGGCCUUGAAUGGCUCUCGUGCUCAACCUCUUUCACGGGAAUCUCGUAUCUCAUUGCCCGACGAAGCCCGUCAUUAUAUCACAACCAUGGGGGAGUCACCUGUCCCCAGCCCAAACGUCGAUGCAUUUGCCCCCCGAGCACUGCCCAACGCCCCUUCAGAUAGCGAAUUUCUGGACCUUGAAGAGAUCGAAGAGGGUUCACAACAGGAUGGAAGUGAGGAAGAAGACUCGCCUCAAUUCGAUAUCCAAACGACGACGCAGCCACUUUAUGCCCCAAGAAAAAUUCAAAAUGGCAGCCAGGACCGCAUAAAAUCUGAUUCGCCAGGCGAGUCACCGCCAACUAUCCAACAGCAAAUACAACAGCAGCGAAGCAUGGCCCAGCAACAACAACAGCUCCAUACCCAACAACAGCCCCCACCGCCUUUGAUUCAGCCGCAACCCAGCGAAACUCUUGCUCCGUUACAACCACUGCGGCCUCAAGGUCCAACUGCUGUACCUGCAUCAUUCCGUGCAUUGCCAUUGCUCUCCUCCGACCUUCCAUCUACUACAAUAACUGUCUCGCAUUCCUUUGUCCGACCGAACGAUCGCGGCAAAGAGGUGCUUUCGUUUGUAGUCCAUAUCGACCCCGGGCAUAAUAAAGAGGGCUGGAAAGUGGAAAAGCUCUAUUCCGAUGUUAUUGCGCUAGACCAACGAGUGCGCAACAGUGUUGGUAAGACAAUGGGGAAGAAAAUGGUAACUUUGCCGGAAGGCAAACUGUGGAAAGAUCAUGCGCCAGCCAAGGUCGAUCAACGAAAGGCCAUCCUAGAAACAUAUUUGCAAGCCCUGGUCAAUCUGCCUAUCAAGAGCAAUGACGAGGUUAUCGCGUUCUUUACCUCCGACAUAAUCCGGGACUACAAGCAACCCAUCAUGCAGGCGGGACACAAGGAAGGUUAUCUAACAAAACGCGGGAAAAAUUUUGGUGGCUGGAAGACCCGAUUUUUCGUGCUGCAAGGUCCGAUCUUGGAGUAUUACGACUGCCGUGGCGGCGCUCAUCUUGGGUCCAUCGCAAUAACUGGAGCGCAGAUUGGGCGACAGCAGCGGAGUGAUAAACCCGCAACUGACGAGGAGAAAGAAUACAGGCAUGCUUUUCUCAUCGUCGAAGCCAAGAAAGGGCCCGGUGGCAAUCACCCUCGUCAUGUUUUAUGCGCCGAGAGCGAUAUUGAACGAGAUGCUUGGGUUGAAAUUCUCGUCCGGUACUUCAGUGGAUUCUAUAACGAGGAGCCUGUUUCAUAUGGACAAGCUUUGCCCUCGACGAAUGCAACUUCACGCCCUAGUGCUGAUGUCUCGUAUGGCCGUCCAUCAAGUCCGGCUCGUUCUCUUGACUCCCCAAUCGACCGACAAGCCGGGGCUUCCAUCGAUUCACCAGCGGCUCGUCGUAUCCUGGAAUCACAAAGCCAGCAACGCCAACAGCCGUCCAGCUUGCCUGAUUCGUCACCUCUGUCCAAUGCGACCACAGAAGCACCAUAUCAACGAGCGAAUUCAGAACUGGGCCACUAUUCGGAUCCACAAAAUGGUACUCCGCGUAGUCGACGACAGCAUUCACCAGAGCAUCAUCGGCGUGAAGGUCCACACAAAGGAUUCCAGCCGACCCUUAACACCGUUGCAUCUUCUCCCAUCACCCCUGUAGCGCAACAAGUCGAGCGUCAGGAACGUCCACCUUCCCCGGAUUCCAAGGUCAAAAUAUCAGGACCUAUGAACGGCACACCGAUACCAGCCGGCUAUAAAUUUGGUGGGAAGGAUGCACCGCCGCCACAAGCAGAACCAUCUACCCCGGCUGGGGCCAAUGAUAGGCGUGAAAAAGCCAAAUCCCGUUCAUUCUGGGGCUUUGGGCGACCAGGUGCCGGCGGAGAAAAGCUAGAGAAAGGAGCUCCCCCUUCUGUCGCCACUUUUGCUCAUCGUGCUGUGUUUGGUGUUUCGCUUGAGGAGUCUCUCGAUGUUGCUGAAAUUGCACAUCUUCCUGCCAUAGUUUUCCGGUGCAUUCAGUAUCUUGAAGCAAAAAAGGCGGAUCAAGAAGAAGGCAUCUAUCGUCUUAGCGGCAGUUCAGCCGUCAUCAAAUCCCUCAAAGACAGAUUCAACAUGGAAGGAGACAUAGAUCUCGUUAGCUCUGAUGAAUAUUGGGACCCUCAUGCUAUUGCGGGCCUUCUCAAAAGUUUUCUACGCGAACUUCCUGCCAGCAUCUUAACACAUAACCUGCACAUGAAAUUUCUCUCUGUUAUCGACUUUGUGGACCCACAGGAACGAAUCAAAGAACUCGCACAGCUCAUCGCGGCGUUGCCUUUCGCCAAUUAUAGUUUGCUAAGAGCGUUGACAGCCCAUCUAAUCCUCAUAGUACAAAACGCGACAGUUAACAAAAUGACGAUGCGCAACGUCGGUAUCGUAUUCAGUCCUACGUUGGGAAUUCCUGCACCCCUUUUCAAUCUCAUGUUGAGCGAGUUCACCCGAGUGUUUAGAGUGGAUGAUGAGGACGACGGCAAUCCGGAAAGCAAACAGUCCUCUGACACUGAAACUUCAGAUCGGCGAAAUAGCCGACAAUAUACUACCAGUGCAGCAGACCAACUACUUGGUUUGUCAGGAAGGACACUCCCAGCCUCCGAUGAAGGACCGUCAGACGACGACUCAAUUCAGUAUGAGAGCGGCACGGAAACGACGGAGGAAAAUGCGACUGCAGAAUCUUCAAGCUCCAGUCCAGUACCGGGCUCAUUGAACGAAGCGCCGCCGCCGUCUUCGAAACCAAGUAAAGCCACGACCAUGGCCUCCGCUAAAGGGUUGUCGGUUAGUUUGCGCGGCAACCGUUAUUCAACUAUGAUGGGCGGAAAUGGUAUAGGCCUACCUGCAUCCCCUCGACCACCAUCAUCGCCUAGAGCUGUGCCUCCAGAUGCAUAA